AGGGUGAGCGCGACUAAAGCAAGGUUAUGGCUCUCUCCUGACCAGACUCCCUCCUUUGACUCCGUCGCGGAUUAGACUUGUGUCUGGAAGUAAGGUUCGAAAAAUUGUUGUAUUGACGAGUUUCUACAGAUUGAGAAAUUGAAUUUGAACGUCUUCGCGUCGUUGAUAUCUACUCCGGAAUUUUUUCUAGAUCUACUGCCCAUUAAAUCGGCGUUUUUGUAUUACAGAUCAAAUGUUAUACCUACACUAAAGUUAGCUAUUGCUAAAGUUUUGUGUACGAAACCCUGAAGAAAUAGAUACAUACGACAGAAAUAGAUACAUAGGACUAAAAUUUUGGUCUGGACAAGGAUAUUCUAGUUUUGUGGUAACUUUAUUGAUAAUCAAGUAACUUGUGAAAUGGUCAAGAUGCCACAGCGACAAAGACACAAUACUGGUGGUGGCACUGGAGGUGCUGAGUUGCCUCUGUUGGAUCCCGGUGUGAUAGAGGCGCAUAAUGCCGUGACUACUCGCUGUUGUAUUCCUCUCUCGUCAAGUUGUAUGCGAGGCUAUCAACCAAUUAGCAUUGCCUCUCCUGUUGGAACUGUUAAAGUUUUGUGCAACAACGAAAAUUGCAGGAUAGGAAGCUAUAUGCACAAAGAGUGCUUUCAGGCUUGGGAAAAUCAUGUACUGGCGUAUCUUCGUUCUUGCGGCCGUGCCCGAUCUUGGUCUGAAAAACAGCGUCUGCAAAACUUGUGGACAAAGCGAGGUUAUGAUCUUGCCUUCAGAGCCUGCUCAUGCCUUUGCGGUCGAGGUCAUCUCCGUAAAGAUCUUGACUGGAAUGCUCCUGAAGAAAUUGAGGAAGACAAAUCGGCUAACAAAAAGAAGAAAAAGAAUCGUCAAAAUCAGAAGCCUGCGCUCGUAACCGUUGGAAUCCCUCUUCCACCGGCAAACUUGAGAAACCGAGCAAAUUCUCUCUCGUCAACAGGAUCGUCUCCGCCAUCGGAUGCUCCUGUCAGUCCUCAUCACCUCGUAAAUUCAAGGAACGGUUUUGAGCGUGACAGGCAUGGAUCCGGCGGCAGCAUCAUCGGAGGCAAGGUGGUUAGCAACAUCGGCAGUGUUGUGGGCAACACAGGCAUGUUCGCGAGACGGCCCAACUUCUGCAGCUUCAAUGCGCUACCUCGCAACAAGAUCAACUCUUACCACAUCAAGAUGGAAGACGACAGCAACCACGGUAACGACGAGACGCGAGGCUUCAUCUUGUCUACGCUGGCCGCCCAGCGUACCUCGCGGGUGUCGUGCGUGCUGUGCUUUCAAACGCUGCUCGUCUUCGACCGCUACCCACUCAUCGACGGUACCUUCUUCCUUACGCCCAUGCUGCACUCCAAAGCUGCUGUUGCCGUUGAUGUAGACGGGCGUCGUCAGUACCUGAGCGCCGUGUGCCUUGGCUGCCUCGAGGGCAGCACGUCUGAGGUGAAGUGCCUACGCUGCACUCGUCGCUGGAGUGGAUCGCAGCUCAUUCUUGGCACUAUGUAUUCCUAUGACAUCUUCGCUGCCACGCCUUGUUGCGUCGACCGACUAAGGUGCUCGCGCUGCCAGUACCCAGUGAUAGCACCUGAUCAGAAAUUGCACUACUUCAGCGAAUAUAGUCGGCAACGUGCGUGCCCUAACUGCGGUCUCUACGACCAUCAUUUUGUAAAGCCUUUAUCAGCAGCCUUUUCAGUCGAGUCUGAUCCCAGGAAGUUGUAGUACGUCGUGUUGUCUUCUCUGCUUUGCUAUGUAUGGUCCCUAGAACUUGCAAAAUGCAAACAAUAUUGGUUUAGAUGAAAGCUGAUCUUUUACCGUCGAUUAACGGUUAAUGACUUUGGUCGACGAAAACAGUUGAGGUUACUAUAUAAGAAGAGUGCCGGAGACGGGCGCGGAUGCUGACUUUUACAGGUCAUCCGUUUUUGUCGUCGACAGGAAAUCUUGAAUUGUUUACUGCUGAAAAACUUGGAACUUCUGUAGGAUUGUAAAUUGAAGGAGUUGUAAUCGUUGUGUUUGAAAAUGGACUGUUGCAUGCUGUUGGUUCUUAGAUGAGAUCCGAUAUAUUUUCGGCCGCUAGUCCCACAUUCUUGAUCAUUUAAAAUAGGCAUACGUAAAAUCAUUUUACGUUGGUUUUAUCUCAUUGAAAACUAACUGUUCUUCCUCCUGCAAGUUUAACGCGAUGGCGAAAUUUCUGAUUGGAUGUAUUAAUGGAACUAACAAAUGGAAAUAAAUAAUAACAAACUCUUUCGGAAAUAACAAAACUUGAUUCAAUUCAAGUUCCAUGCAUAUUGGUCCAUUAAUUGGCUGAAUUUAGAUAUCUUUGUUUAAGGUUUAUUCUUAUUUUAUAGUAAAAUAAAUCAUUUCGCUUCUUAGUUUUAUACAUAAUUUUUGAGUCGCUCCUAUUGUUGAAGUUUCGUGUUAUUGAGAGCAGGUAUAUUAUUCUUCAGCGAAUUAAUUUCGGACAAAUCAAAUUUUUCUGUUUCCAUACUGGAGAACUUUUCCAAUUCGCUUUAUAUUAUUAAAAAUGGAUAAUUCUUCUCACAAUUCGUUCAGUUUCUUAUUGUUUUCUUCAUAUUUUGCUUUGGAAUGUAUUCUCUUGCAUGUUUUUGAUAGUUUAUAUACUUCUCUGACGAGUACAACUUCGAGUAUAGUUUCAUUGAAGACUGUUGUAUUUUAAGCUUCUACUUCUGUCUACGUUUAUUGACUACACGUGUGCUCCAUUGCUUUGUCGGAUUUUGCGUACGAAAUUUGAAUCUUGGUUCUUGGAUGAAUUGAUCUAAUUUGUUAGCCUUAUUUGUUCAGCCAUUUCAGAAAUUUUUAUGCUGACUAAUUAUCCGGAAAAUUUUUCAUGCAGCUACAUAGGAAUUAUUCACUUCACGAAAGUUGCUUCAUCAUUUGCAUCAUGGUUGCCGUCGCGGACUUGACACGGUUGCGUCUGCCUUGUUUUAUUUUUUACGUAUUCCAUCGAGUUCUUGAAUUGGAGUUCUCUCGUUGAUCUGAAAUUAGUCCUUGUUCGGUUUUACAAUUUUUCUAUUGAUUAACGGUAUUUUCUCGAGUUUCGUCGUCGAAUGUCUGUCUUAUCAAUGGGCAACGAUGCGUCAAUUAUUGUCUAUCGCCGUUUAUUUCGUUUAUAAUCAACAAAUAAUUGCACCUAGGUUUCCAUCCGAACACCAUAGAUUUUUUAUUGCUGAAUAUGUGCUGAAAAAUCCACGAGUUAUAGAAACUGAUCAUCUCGAUGUCUCGGCCAGAAGAUGCGCAAGAAGCUGCGAUUCAACUGUGGACAGUAAAGCUCUUGGAGAGCUGGCCCUGCUAUGAUCACAAUGUCAUGAUGGCUCUCUGUCUACUGGUGUUUUCGCCCGCUUCGCUCCGUGCUUUUGCCUUCGUUGCGAGCUGUGCUUCGAAUGGAGACGACUCGGUCGUGAGCUUUAUUUUUCGGAAUCUUCCUAUACAAUAUUUCUCAGUGAGAUUCAAUAGACACUAAUUCGGCCUUCUCACCUUUUAAUUUCAAUCGACUUAUCGAUCGUCAAAGUUAUCAGUUCAGUGAAUUUAAGCCUCGGCGAGAUUCACUGUUUCACUUGUUGCGAUAUUCGAUGAUGAGCUGUUGGCUGGCGUGAAUUGCCGAUUCGAGGACCUGGGGCCACGUAUGUGGUUGAUUUGUUGAUGACUGAUGGCAUAGGGUUCACCUGCGAAUUUUUCGAGAACUAGUAUAAUGUCGUUAAAUUUUUCAAUAGCAAAUAUAAUGGUCGGUGUUGUGCAUAUUAACGACUUUUUUCUCCGGCUGCUCAGCUAUCAUAACGAGGUUAGCUUACCAAUUAUUCAAUGUGAUGAGUCUAAGGCCCACUAAAAACUUUUGCUGCUUGUAAAUGAUACAGAUGUAUAAAAAUACCGCUAGUUACUAAGACUGUUCUUGCAUUCGUUUCUUGUACAUAUCCAUAGGUUUAGACGCAAAAAUGUGUUUCGAUGAAGUAAACAAUUCAAAUGUAUUUGAAAAAUUCUGUAAUUUAAUGGAAUUUGCAGUCGAGUCUAAUUUUGGGGAUCAUAUUUAGCAGCGAGUUGUAAUCUAUCACAAUUGGCUGCCCCCAGAAUUGGUGCAGAAGACUUUUUCUUCAAACUUCAAUCAUUAUCAGAUGCGUAUUUCCUGCGCAGAUGUGUGUUUUAUAAUCUCCGUAAUUGGCUGUAUUAGUGCGUGAAUUUUUAUAAUUGGACCGUUGUUAUUGAUAGGCUUCUCUGAUUUAACUGCUAAGGUGGUUUAAGUUAACUAACGGUCAGCAAAACCCGGGACCUGAUUGAAGAAGGCUGUUGCAAUUCAAGUAGAUUGAGAGUAGCAGUUUUCUUGGCUUAAUUCGCAUUAUUGGACGAGACAAUGUCUAUUCAAAAGUAGGACUCGUAGAUCGUAUUCAACUUAGUAAGGUGUUGCUGCAUCAGAUGCUUGUUCGUGACCGUGAGACAUUGAUGGUUGUAGUCAUAGUGGAUCUUAAAUGUAAAACUAAUGACAAGGCAAAUCCACAAAUGUUCCGAGUUGAUUUUACAUUAUUGUAUAGUGAAAACGCUAAGAAAGGCGUAAUGUUCUAUGAUGAAGUCAUUGAGAUUAGCAUUCGAAAAUUUUACCUGAUCUUCUUCGAGGAAUCCAUGAGAAUGGUUCCAUGUUAUCGAUGAUAACAAAAUGAUUUAUUGAGAUAACAAAAUGAUAAAUGAUCAAAACGAUGAUAAAAUGAUCUAUAACUGACGAUAAAAUGAUCUAUUAAGAAUUCGUGUGUUAUUAUUUAGUUAGUAAUUCGAAGAAAAGAAUUUCUUGCGUCAGUCAUUAGAGCAUCACAACUCACUUUCUAACUCUUGAGUUCAGAAGAAAUUCAACCAAUUGCUUUGGUAGUGACAUUGCCCUAACGGAAGCUACAUUGUAUGUGUAUGGAGAGACGAAGCUUUGUAAAGCCUGCUCGAUCGUAGGGCAGGGGUAAAUGUUGCAUACAUUCUGUUCUCUUCCGCUUCAGAGAAUUUAAUUACAUUUUAUCUUGAACACUUGACUACUAAGGUAAGAAAUGUUUAAUUGGAUUCUGUUCGAGCAAGAAUUUUCAUUCCUUUUUUGGCCUCUAAAUGACGUCCAUUUAAUUUUGUGCUAUAUAUUGCUGUUGCGUAGAUGCCAAUCAGAAUCGAUUCGCAAUUUUAGGUUCAAUGGCUUUCUUUGUAAAAUUCUAUCAAGUUCUUCUUUACGGAGACAAGAGUAAUUUUUGUUAUCGGCAAUAGAAAUUACGUUAUUUGAUUUCGUACUCUAUUAUUACUUACGUUUAUGAUCGUUAAUUAAUGUAGCUGAACAACUGUUGCUUCACAGAUUUUUUGAUGGGAUUUAUCAAUCAUCAUUCAGAAGUUUCUGGUCAAUUUCUGUUCGUUACUCUUGGAAUACUUGAAAAUUUGUCUCUGGAAUUCUUUCAAAAUUCGUCGCGGUUUUGGAUAAUAUUGCCUCUGCUAAUUCGCGGGUAGGUUUAUAUGUGCAACUAAUUUGAAGGCGGAAGAAGGUUUGUGAAAUGGAUCGGUAUUUAUAGUGCAUUUUUACUCGCGGAACCCAUAUUUGCAAUUAUCGCAAUAAAGUCGUGCUUCUUUGUCAAUUCUUAUACAAUAGUUUUAUUCAAAUCGAAAUUCGAUCAAAUUAUAAAAUCGAAGUAUUGAUAUUUGGUUAUUAAUUUUUGGCUCCAUAUUAUUGUAUCACGAAUCAUUGUCAUCUGCUUAUACCGUGCACUCAUCUUAUCAUUUAUAGAAGAUCAUGCAGUAACUCAUACAAACUGGAAUUUUUCAUCUCAUACCGGUAGUAUUCUAUAUUUAACUCACAGAUAUCACCUCAAUAUCGAAUUAUUGGACUUUUUUAGAGAUGUCUUGAAUUGGGGCCGAGAAAUGUGCGAAGUUAGAGAUUAUUCCUUCUGAAUUAAUUCUCACGACGAAAGUCUGUUAUACGUACUUAUUUAAUUACGAAAACUGCCAGUAAAAACAUUGACCAAAUUCAGUAAUACCGGUACUGCAGUUCAGCUUUUUGACAAUCAGUUCAACUUUUUAACAAAAAAUUUCUCGAUAUGAAUUGGAUCUAUUGAUGAACAUGAGUUGGUUAUCAUUCAUUUUUCUUGUCAGCUUGUUAACGUUAUAUUUCGUCUCGGAGAUAUUCCUGUAAAAACCUACUUCAACAGUCAUGCUUCAGUCUCUUUAUCUCUGAACCUCUCUAUGCGUUGUCAUUUGACCACGAACUGGGGCUGAACCGACAAAAACAGACUCCUCGUUAUUCAUGUUAUAUGUCUUGAUUUUCAUGUGCUUGCUCAUUUUCAUCAUUAGCAUUUGUCGGGAAUAGAGAAAUCGAUCGUUAAAAGUUAAUUUUCCGCUUCGCAGUCAUAAUGUGUUUUUCGAAUUUCCUGAUUUUUCUAGCAGUAUAAAAUUUUCGUUCGAUAGCUGACGACAAUUUUAAGAGAAGAUCAAAGUAGACAAAAAACUUUCUGAUUAUUCUACUGAAUUUUUUGACACAUAUUCACUUCUGUUUGAACCAAUCAUGAAUUAGAUUUUUAAAUGAUAUUCAUUGGAAAAAAUUGAAUUUAUUAAAGAAAUUACCACCGAAUUUAACAUGCUAUUUAGUAUUUCUUCUUCCAUCCAUUGCGAGGGCACUACUUGAGAUGCAAGCUUGUAACAGCACGGCCUCGGGCUGUGGGCGUCAUUAAUGGUGCGUUGAUAUGAGGUAUUACCAAUCAUGAUUCGUAAACUUUUUGUUCAUGCUUCUCGCAUCCAACCAACUAAAAGGACACGUUUAACUACAGGAAAUAUCUGUUGGGUAAAUACUGGAAAAGUAUCCGAGCCAGUUCUUCUACCAUUCAUUACAAUAUUUUCAGCCAACAGGGGUUGCUGGAUGGAUAUUUUUUCACUUGUUAAUCAUGUCAUGAAAGUUAUUUUUUCCAUACCUACAUCGCACUAUUCGAAUAUGAGGCCAUUUUUACGAAAACCAUCACAUGGAUUGAUAAACCUUGUAUGAAAAUUAUCCUUGCAUCUCUCCUUGCUUUCACAUUUGUUCAGUUUCGAAAUUUGUAAGCUGUGACAGCAGUCAAGUCUCAUUUAUAUUUUUUCUUCAUACAGUCUUUUGGACUGGCAUAUUUCUCUAAUAAACAUUGAGUAAAAUC